CCACACAGUAGUUACAACUGACAAGUUACAACUUACAACAUUUAAGUAGAGAGGAUGGAUUUCGCGGCCAAUCAUUCCAAAACUGGUGCGGCUGCUUUCCCAAUCGAUUCAAAUCUGACUUACCAAAUUGGAGCCCAACAUCAGUUCUUGUGAUUAACCAAGAUACUACAGAUAUAAAAGAUUGUGUACUUUUCGAAACUCUCUUCAGAAUUGAGUCCGGUGCCGAACAUAAGAAGACGGUGAAAUGGGAGCCUCCAGUGGGCCAAGGCUUUCUGGAAUGCAGAGACAAGUACUUAGUCUAUACAGAGGGUUCUUGCGGGCAGCUCGUUUAAAAUCUGCUGAAGAUCGACACAAGAUUGAGUCACUUGUGUCCAACGAGUUCCGCCACAAUGCCAAGAAUGUAGACCGCAAGAAUUUUCUUUACAUUGAGUACUUGGUUCGCCGCGGAAGGAAACAGCUUGAUCAGCUCAAGAGCCCUGAUACUGUUGGAUUAUCAGCUCUGAAUGUGAGUCGUUUCCCACAAACAAAACAUCCUACUUAUUGAAUUUCAGUGGAGUUGAGAAACUGUUUGGUUAUCGAAUUCUAGAAAUGCUAAUUGUUGGGAGCAGGGUAUGAUCAUAACACCGUUUUCUUAACAGCUUCACAAAAUCAGUCUACUGGAUGAGGAGAUAAUGAGUUGAAGCCAA